AUUUAAGAUAGCUUCAACACUUUUAUCUUCCCCCAUUUCUCUUCUUCCAAAAGCCCUAGUUUCUAUCUCUCAUCUCUAACCUGAAGACGUGUUGUCUCUCUGUUUGUCACAGAGAGUUUUUAGGUAACUUCAAAGCCGCGUAAUAACAGGAAAGAGGGAUCAGAAUCAGCUGGAAACUAGAGACUGAUUUUAUUGAAAGACAAGAAUUGGUUUUUUUUUUGGUGUUUGUCGGAAACUAUAAUCGAUGGCAUAUUCUCGUAUUGAAUCUGGAGCUCCAAUCACUCUACAAGAAUUGUACCCUUCUUCUCCGUUUUACAAGGAAGCUGUUUCACUCAGAGUUACAGGAAUGCUGAGAGGAUAUUCAGUUGAAACAGCUAUAGGUGUUAUUGAAGAUGGAGGCAAAAGUCUCAAAAUCAACGCUCAACACUUAAGAGAUCUUAGUUUACGGGUUGGCUCGAUUUACCAGUUUAUCGGAGAGAUCCACAUUCAGCCUAAUAAUGAGGCGAUCUUGCAGGCUCGGACAGGAAGGAAUGUGGAUGGAAUUGAUAUGAACCUCUACCGUAAAACAAUUGAACUCCUUAGGCAGUUUCUUGAAGCAGAAGAUAACAGAAACAUGGUGUAAUUAAGCUAAUUAUUAGAUGUCAUCUAAGUAACAUAACCCACUUACAAUUUUAUAUUAUGUUCCUGUCUAAACUCUUUGUUCGCUUUUAGAUGAAUCACCCUUGGUGAUUUAUUUUGGUCUGCUUUUAAUAUGAGCAAUCUUUUGAAAAGAAUA